AAGGGUCACUCCACCUUAGUGCACGCAAACAACUUCCACCCAUUAAAACUGCCCAUUCGAAAAACAGCUGCACCUGAUUUGACUCUGACUAUAAAUAGGGCUUUGAUUGAAGGCCCAUCUACAGUCUUCUGCCUUUACACUGCACGCAAGACAGCUCUCAUCAUUCUAAAAUGGCCGCUUUUAAGUCUCUGAUCAUCCUCGCCGUCGUGGCAGCCUGCAUGGCCGCUGAAGAGUCCGAGAGGACAAAGAAGGACGUUGUUGCCGCUUACCCCGCUGGUUAUGGAUACGGUGCCCACCCCUACUCCGCUUACUCUGGAGCUUACCCCUACUCUGCCUACCCCUACUCGGCCUACUCAGCUGUUCCUGCCUACUCUGCCUACUCAGCUGUUCCAGCUGUGCCAGCUGUGCCAGCUGUUUCAGCCUACUCAGCUGCCUACCCGUAUGCGGCUUACCCAAAGGCUUAUUCAGCCUAUCCCGCUGCGUAUUCAACUGUGCACGCCAAGGCUUACCCAGGCUAUGCUUACUCCGGUGUGUACCCCGCAUAUUCUAGCUAUGUUGCCCCUGUUGUAGUCUAGGAUAGCCUUAAAAAUCAAUGACAUUCCCUUCAAGAAGUUUCCCUUCAGAAGCCUUAAGAUUUGGUUGAGUUCCCCUUGAGAUGAGUUUCAAGUUUUUCUGGAACCAUUUCUGAGUUAUGUCUUCUACAAUCCAGUUGCUAAAAUGAAACCUCAUCAAGUCCCCUCUAGAAGAGUUCAGAAACUCCUGAGUUUCCUUGAGAAGCCUAAAGAUUUGGUUGAGUUUCCCUUGAGAUGAGUUUCAAGUUUUUCUGGAACCAUUUCUGAGUUGUCCCCUACAAUCCAGUUGCUAGAAUAAGACCUCAUCAUUUAUGGUGGAAUACUUUGUCAUGUAACAGUUUACAUGUAGAGGAUGACUCUGAGUGUAAUUCAAUUUUUGAGGAGAUGUAUAGUCUAACAUACAUUUCAAGGAGACUCUAGUCUUAGCUCAUGAUAAUUUCCUCCAUCAUCAAAGAUACAUGAUAAGGUCUUAUUUUGUGAUUUGUUAGGCUCUUCCCAAUUGAUGUGGUAAGUUCUUAUCAUUUGAAAAAGUUAAAUUUGAAUUUCGAGAAAACAUGCAGUGCAUCAUUGCAAGUAUUCAAUGUUUGUAAAACUUGAAAAUUUCUGGGUCAAAUAAAAAUUGUUUGAUUUCCUUGUCUAAAUUCAAUGCAAUAAACUGUUUUAUUCAUAUA